ACUACGUCAUGCUAGAAUGGCGUGUCAUCACGACCAAUCUCGUCCCCGCCCACAUUUUCUUCCCAUUAUAUUUUUCAGGACAGAAAAAUGCAUUGUUGGAAAUGAAAUUGCCAAGUUCUUCGAUGGUGUAAAAAAAUCUAUCCGAGACAGUUGACUCGUGGAUUCAUCAUUCUUUGCGAUAACAAUCAGCGAAUCACUCUGUCUACAAACAACAGAUUUUCAAUUUUGUUCUUUCAAUUCGUUUACAUUAUUGUAGUUUCCUUGUUUAUUAUUACUGUUGUUGUAGCUAUUAUUAUUAAAAAUGGUCAAAUUCAAACGAUGGAUUAUUGUUAAGCAUUUCGAAGGAGAACCAAAGAAAUCGGAUCUCAAGCUCGUCGAGGAAGAGCUUCCACCGAUUCAGGAUGGAGAAUUUAUGACCCAAGCCGAAUAUCUCUCUGUAGAUCCCUACAUGAGAGCUUUCAUCAAAAACUUUCCUCUUGGAAUCACUAUGAUUGGUGCUCAAAUAGCUAAAAUCACAGAGUCCAAAAAUCGAGACUAUCCAGUUGGGAAACGAGUAGUUGGAUUCAUGGGAUGGAGGACUCAUAGUGUCAUUAAUUUAAACAAAGUUAAUGAACUUUUACCGGUCCAAGAAAAACCCUACAUUUUACAAGCUUUUCAUGAUUUACCAAUUUCACUCUCACUCGGAGUUUUAGGACUAAUCGGGAGUACCGCAUAUUUUGGAUUGUUGGAAAUUUGCACCCCGAAAAAAGGAGAAACUUUGGUGGUUAGCGGAGCUGCUGGAGCUGUGGGCUCUCAUGUUGGACAAAUUGGAAAGAAUUUGGGCUUAAAAGUCAUUGGUAUAGCUGGAACUGAUCAAAAAUGCAAUUGGUUGACAAAAGAAUUAGGUUUUGAUUGUGCGAUCAACUAUAAGACUCAAAAUGUUUAUUCAGAGCUCACAAAAGCUGCUCCAGCUGGUGUCGACUGUUAUUUUGAUAAUGUUGGCGGCGAUAUUUCGAGUACGGUGAUCGAACAAAUGAAUCCAUAUGGAAGAGUAGCAGUGUGCGGUAGUAUUUCAUCCUACAAUGCAAAAGAAAUGCCAAAGUGUUCUGUUCUGCAACCAGCAAUUGUUUUUAAACAACUCAAAAUGGAAGGCUUUAUUGGCACACGCUGGUCAAACCGUUUGUCUGAGGGAAUUGAGAAAAACUAUCGAAUGGUUUGUGAUGGAAAGCUGAAAUAUAGAGAAACUGUUACAGAAGGUUUUGACAAAAUGUUUGAAGCUUUUGCCGGUAUGAUGCGUGGUGAAAAUAUCGGUAAAGCUAUUGUCAAAGUUUGAUAAAUACAUAUAAAUAUAUCCAUAUUCUUCGUGUUCGUAUAUAUAGGAUUGGGUAUAUGAAAUCUUGGGAUUUUGGAAUUUCCAUCCAAUUGUAUUGUUUAGCCGAUUUUCCGUUAAUUCAUGUUUUUAUCAAUUAUGAGAAUAACCUGUAUAAUCUCCAUGAAUACAUGCAUAUAAAUAAAAUGGGUAUAUUAUUAUA